AUGAAGAAGUUGGUUGAAUCUUUAGAUUUUGUUUUCCCCUUACAUCUCAUGUUCUUGCUAUUGGGAAUUACAAAUGAUUUGUCUAUGGCAUUACAGCGCAAAGACCAGGAUAUUCUAAAUGCUCUGGACCAAGUUAACAUAACUAAGAAACGGUUACAAGCCAUGAGAGAUGAAGGAAGGUCAAAGCGUAAGGCACCAAUGGUCUCAAAUCUUCAUCGUUAUCGUGCUGAAAUAUGUUUUGCAACUAUUGACUUUCUUCGCCAAGAGAUCAACCAUAGGUUUGAUGAGGAGACGACUAACAUUCUUUUAUGUGUGGCUUCCUUGAGUCCAAGCAACUCAUUUCAGGCUUUUGAUACUCAAAAGUUGCUCAAGUUAGCUCAAUUCUAUCCAAGCGACUUUUCUACAGGUGAUCUUGGGCCACUUGAAAAUCAACUUGGGAAUUAUAUUGUUGAUAUGCGUUCGAAGAAAGAAUUUUGUGAGUUAAAAAGGAUAUGUGAACUUUCUUCUAAUCUAGUGAAAACCGGAAAACAUGUUGUAUAUCCAAUGGUGUAUUUUCUCUUAAGGCUAGCUCUAAUCCUUCCAGUUGCUACAACAAGUGUCGAAAGGGCAUUUUCUUCCAUGAAUUAUGUCAAGAACAAGUUGCAAAAUUGCAUGGGUGAUCAAUGGAUGAAUGAUUGUUUGGUAACAUUCAUAGAAGGUAUGGGAAGAACAGUUGUGGAUCACGAUUUAUUGCGUUAUGGAGAUUAUGUAUGA